UUUUUGUACGAUCCAUCCCCUCUGAUUCUAAUAUUUAGAAAUAGUAUAAUGGGAGAUGCGGCUGUUUCGGCCCUUGUGACGGAGGUGGUGGGGAGACUGACUGUUGAAGUUAUCAAAGAGUUCAAUCUGCUUUGGGGAUUCAAAAACAAUAUUUUGUCUCUCAAGGAAGAUUUUACCAACAUCCAAGCUGUUCUUGAAGAUGCGGAAAACAAACAUACGAAGGAAAAGACUGUAGAGACAUGGCUUAAGAGUCUCAGAUCAGCAUCCUUGAAGGUAGAAAAUGUGUUGGACGACAUCUCAACAGAAGCUUUGCUACAACGUCUACACAAACAAAGAGGCAUAAAACACAGGGUAAGAGCCUUCUUCACCUCCGAUCAUAAUCAAGUUAUGUUCCGUGUAAGGGUUGCUCACAAAGUUAGAGUCCUAAGAAGAAAACUGGAUGCCAUUGCAUCCCAGAGAUCUAUGUUAGGUUUGUCACAUAGUGACGUAAAUCGUGUAGAUGUUGGCAUUGCAGUUGAGAUGCCAGAUAGGGAAACUAGCUCGCUUAUACAUGAUUCUUUAGUGAUCUUCGGAAGAGAUGAAGAAAGAGAUAUGGUAAUAGGAAAUAUAUGUAACAAAAAUAUAGGGAAACAUGAGAAUGGAGAGGUUCGGGUGUACGGUAUAUGGGGUAUGGGAGGUUUGGGGAAGACUACAUUAGCUCAAUUAGUCUAUAACCAUGAAAGGGUGAGUCAAAAUUUCGAGCUAAAAAGUUGGGUGUAUGUCUCUCAAAACUUUCAAGUUAAAGAGAUAAUAAAAGGAAUCAUCACAUCCAUAGCAAAAAAAGAGUGUACAUUUACACGUCUAGAAGAGUUGCAAGAGACCCUUCGAAACAAGUUAAGAAGAAAGAAAUUUAUAAUUGUGCUAGAUGAUGUUUGGAUUGAAAAUAGGGAAAAGACAAAGUGGGACCAAUUAAGUGAAAUAUUAAGUUGUGGGGAUGAAGGAAGUAUCGUUGUGAUGACGACACGAUCCCAGAAUACUUGUCAAAUGAUGGCUAAGGUUCCCGAGUUACAACAUGAACUGGGAUGCUUAUCAGAAAAUGACUCGUGGUUGUUGUUCAAGAAGUUUGCAUUUGCAAAAGGAAGAGAGUGGGACAACAUAAGUGAGCUAGAGCCUAUCGGAAUGGAGAUAGUUGAGAAAUGUCAAGGACUGCCUUUGGCAGUGAAGACAUUGGGUAGCUUAAUGUGGUCAAAAAGCAGUAGCAAUGAUUGGAAACGUGUGAAAGACAACCAUAUAUGGGAGUUGCAAGAAAAUAAGGUCUUGCCUGCUUUGAAGUUAAGUUAUGAUACCUUGCUUCCACAUAUAAAGAGAUGUUUUGCUUAUUGUUGUGUGUUUCCUAAAGGCUAUGAGAUGAAGAAGGAUGUAUUGAUUUCGUUGUGGGCGUCAAACGGUUUAAUUCCACCUAGAAGAGAAAUAGACUUGUAUGUGCUUGGGGAAGAAAUUUUAAAUUGUUUGGUUUGGAGGUCCUUCUUCCAGGUUGUUGACACAUUCUUUAAUGAGUAUGUGUAUAAAAUGCAUGAUCUGAUGCAUGACAUGGCACAUGUGAUGGGAGAUGAUUGUUUAGUUAUACAGCCUGGUAAGGAGGCUAGAAUCACAAAUGAGGUACUUCAUGUGAGCUCGUCAUGUCCAGAUGAAAAGUUUCAAUUUUCGUCAGAGGAUUUAGAAAAGUUAACGUCAUUAAAGUCUAUAUUCAUGUUUGGGUAUAACUAUAAAUGUGACAUUCGCCAAAUUUGCAACCACAUGUAUCUAAGAGUAUUAUACUUGAAUCAGAUUGAUUUAAGCGCAUUGCCCGAAUCAAUUUGCAAACUCAAACAUCUGAGAUACUUGAAUUUAUCUGGUUCGAGUAUAGAAGUUUUACCGAAGUCAAUUAUGUAUCUCCAAAACUUGCAAUACUUGAUAUUAUCAUACACAGAUAUAAAAGUUUUACCAGAGUCGAUUGUUUAUCUCCAAAACUUGCAAGUGUUGAUUUUGCGUUAUUGUCUAAAUUUGUGUAAGUUUCCUGAAGGCCUGAGAUACAUGAGGUCUCUUCAACAUUUGGACAUCUAUGUGACUGAUUCACUCAUGCAUUUGCCAUCAGGAGUCCAAGAACUAACUAGUCUCAAAUGGCUUCCAUUGUUUCCUGUUGGUAACGAGAGUGGGGCCAAAAUAGGAGAAUUGGGGGAUCUAAAUCUUCUCAAGGAGAUAACAAAACUUGAGAACGUUGGGGGUUUAAGUGAGGCCAAGAGUGCCAACCUUAAAUGCAAAUCAAAUCUGUUGGUUUUGCAUUUAACAUGGAAUGAAAUUCAUAGGAAUGAACACGAUGAAGAGGUUCUUGAGGGACUAGAACCAAAUCCAUGUCUCAAGGAAUUGGUUAUAGAAUGUUACAUGGGAAAGAAUAUUUCUCCAAGUUGGAUGGUCAAUUUAAAUAAUAUUUCUCCAACUGUGAGUGUAUUCCAGCACUUGGGAGUUUACCCAGUCUUAGGAGCAUCACGUUGUGGUUGGUGGAUUCUUUAAAGUGUUUCCAUGAUGACAAAACAAACAAGUCUGGAGACACCACCAGUAUGUUUCCUUCUUUACAAAAUCUGGACAUUGACUACUGUCCGUGUUUGGAAUCCUUACCAAGUAACCUUCCAAAGCUCAAGGUUUUAAAAUUAAGAAGGUGCGAUGAAUUAGUUUCUCUACCGGAUGAGAUUCAAAGUUUCAAGGACCUGAAUGAACUUGAGAUAACGAAUUGUAAACAUCUAUUUGAAAGGUAUGAACAAGAGAAGGGUGUGGAUUGGCCUAAAAUUUCUCACACUCCCAAUAUCCGUAUCGAUCCUCCAAGCCGCAAUUGGUCGGAUUACGUAGACGAGAUGGCAAUUGGUGACUUAACUUGGGAAUGAUGGAUAUUUUCACAAUAAUAGAGAUUUCUCCAAUCAAUUUCACCGGGAAUAUUGUUCUGAUCAGGAGUGAAAGGUUCAGAAACAGAGGGCGAUGAAGAUAUGACCGGAAAAAAAAACGAUUCGUGGUGGAGAUGAUGUGAUAGCUGGAAAACUAGGGGGAGAACAUCGGUACGAAAGGGGAGACAUCGGAAAAAUGAGAUCUAAGAUAUCAAAUAAAAGAAUACACUGAUUAUGAAAUAUCUUUACUACAAAUUCAAUUAUUAUUUUUGUUAUCAUAUUGAUUAGAUCAAAGAUGUCAAAUAAAUUAUAAGAUACCUUAGGCGUUUAAUUAAAAAAUAUAUAUUUUGUCAUUAAACCACCUGCAAACUUCCAUACUCUUAUCGUUACUAACAUUUAAACAAUUACGAGAUACGCAAUGUGUAAAUCACCAUAAAAUUUGUUAUGAUUCAGAAUUAAUCAUACUUCAAAAUUAUGGAAGUAUUAUGUCGUUUUGACAACAUUAAU